AGGAAGUGUGUAGAGGGUGAUACUUCUCUUCUUGACAUCCAUUAGUCAACACAUCUAGUUUGUCAUAUCUUCUUAGGAGAUUAAACUAUGCGGCCUUGUUUAUUUACGAUGGAUGUACCUAGUUGAGCGUUACAUGAAGAUUUUAAAAGGAUAUAACAAGAAUCCACACCGUCCAGAAGCAUCUAUUGUUGAAAGGUACAUUGCAGUAGAAGCUGUUGAAUUUUGUUUAGAUUACAUGUCCAAAGCAAAACUUGUAGGGAUUCCUAAGUCUCGUCAUGAGGAUAGAUAUGAAGGUAAGGGUACAAAAGGCCAAAAAGUUAAAUUCAUUCUUCGAAAGGAAUUACUUCAAGCACAUCUGUAUAUAUUGAACAACACUGAGGCGGUUCUUGUUUACAUAUCUGAGAAUCAAGACUUUUUGAAGAAAAAUAACCCUAGAAUGAACGAAAAAUCAUUGGUCAAUGAGCAUAACAAGACAUUCUUAAAAUGGUUCAAAGAAAAAGUCUUUAGUGAUGAUAGUUUUUCUAACACAUUAAAAUGUCUUACAAAUGAACCUAAAUAUAAUGUUUUUACUUAUACUGGAUAUGAUAUCAAUAACUUUUCCUUUUACACAAAGUCACAAGAUGACAAUAGUACCAUGCAGAAUAGUGGGGUUACUCUUCAGGCUCAAUCCAUGCAUUUUUCUAGUAGAAAUGAUAAAAAUCUCGUUGUGACAUCCACAAGUUACUAUGGAGUCAUUGAAGACAUUUGGGAGAUCAGUUAUGGUGCCUUUAAAGUUCUUGUUUUUAAGUGCAAAUGGGUUGAUAUUAACAUUGGUGUGCGAACCGAUGAAAUGAGAUUUACAAUGGUAGACCUUAGCAAGGUGGGUCAUAAGGAUGAACCUUUCAUCAUGGCAAAUCAAGCAACACAAGUAUUUUAUGUCAAAGAUCCUAUUGAUGAAAGGUGGUCUGUGGUUCUACAAGAUAGAAGUGUACACAAUUUUGAUGAUUCAACAGCUCAAUUUUGGGAGAGUCUUUCUUUCUCAACACGUAUGCCUACUAACAACAAAGAAAUCGAGCAAGACGACGUUCAUGCCACUCGUAAUGACCAUGAUGAAGGCAUAUGAGAAAACAUUACUAUUUAAU